CCCCGGAGCCAGCACAGCCUCCCCCCGCAGACCUCUCCCCGGAGAACUGGACUCCACUCGGCUGCUCCGACUCGAACCCUUGCCUCCCUCACGUCGAACGGACGCUACGGAGAAAGAAAGAGAAGAAGAAAAAAAAGUUGUGGAAAUCACAAGAGGAAGGAGAAGUUUUUCCUCUCUUUUUCGCCCCCGGUUCCGUGGCCCCGCGGCGGGGCAGCACAGCUCGGACAGGCCGGGGGGAGGCGGACCGGAGCCCGGACGAUGUGGAUCUGGUACCUGCUGCUCGGUUCCGGCUCCAGAACAGUCGAGAGCCAGCUGCUUCCAGGGAAUAACUUCACCACAGAGUGCAACAUCCCUGGAAACUUCAUGUGCGGAGAUGGGAAGUGCGUCCCCGGUGGCUGGCAGUGUGACGGACUGCCCGACUGCUUUGACCAGAGCGACGAGAGGGGCUGUCCUAAGGUCAAGUCGAAGUGCGCUCCGACGUUCUUCGCCUGCGCUAAUGGCGUCCACUGCAUCAUCGGCCGCUUCCGCUGUAACGGCUUCAGCGACUGUCCUGACGGGAGCGACGAGGAGAACUGCACAGGAAACCCACUGGUUUGCUCGGAGUCUCGCUUCAAGUGUCGGAACGGCCGCUGUCUUGACCGCAGCUUCUUGUGUAACGGCCAGGACAACUGCCAGGACAACAGUGAUGAGGAGCUCUGCCUGACCACAGCAGAAGCCCCUGGCCAGGACUUUGUGACACUAGACUACCGUCUGCGCUACUACCCCAGCAUCACUUACGCCGUCAUCGGCAGCGCCGUCAUCUUCGUCCUGGUGGUGGCUUUGCUGGCCUUGGUGCUCCACCACCAGAGGAAGCGUAGCGUCCUGCUGCCCAGAGGCGUGAGAGGGAGCUCACAUCACCAUCACCACCACCAGCCCCUGUUGCUGUCCCGUCUGGUCAUCUUGGACCGGGGCCACGUCCAUCCCGGAGGUCCCGGUCUCUCCCCCGGCUCGCCAACCACAGCAGGCCAGUGCAGCUCCACUACACAAGCCCUGCAGCUGCUCUCAGGGACUCUGUAUCCCUCCGGACUCUCCAUGGACUCACCUCCAUCGUACUCACAAGCUGUUCUGGAUGUCAGUCGGCCUCCAUGGUUUGAUCUCCCUCCUCCUCCGUACCUCUCUGAUCGGGAGCUUCCCUCAGCGGACGAGUUGCCUCAGUACGAGGCCCCACGAGACCCUCUGAGCCACCAGCCAGCGCAUCCCACCGCACCCCCCACUCCACGGACUGGGACCUCGGGCUCACAGCCGAACUCCAGAGAAGAGUCCGAGCAGCUGUAGCCGCCUCCCCCCAACCUUGUGAACUGAUAAUAUUUGGUACUUCGAGACUGAAGGACCAGGCUGCAGGGUCAUUCGAGGCCAGGACAGUCCACCACAAGGACCUGCUGAGGAUUAUUCAACAGGGAGCGAGAGACUAAACAGAAUCCUUAACUCGCCUCCCACACAUGGGCUGAGUGAAGCACUGGACUGAGAUCAGCCUCUCCAGACUGAUCCUGUGUGCUGGCUCACCCUGCUGGGGGCGUGGCUGAACUGCACUUCAAUCGGUUACUUAUUCAGUGAUUUGUCAUCAGUUCAGUGCUGGUGACCUGUGCUCACCUUGAAGAAGAACUGUGUAUAAUACGUAGUAAACGGAGGAGCACAUUUCCAGUCAUUAACACAACAUAUAUAAUGCGAGCAAAGAGUGGCAGCACCUGAAAUGAUUACUGUGUAACAGUGUAAUCAGGUCAGAGUGGUGUUAUUCUCCUCAGUGUUAGCACUUGAGAGCUGAAUGAAAAUCACGCAGUGUUUUGAAAUACUCUUCACACUACUUUACAUUUCACAUCUACGGUAUUUUCCAUAGUAAGGUUUAUGAGAGAUCUUUAUUGUGUUCAAAUUGUAAAAUAGCUGAAUACUAGAUAUCAAGACGAGGUCAAAACCAAAUAAAUGGCUGGACUGUGUUUUGUCAAUGUGAAAGAUUGUAGACGUAGCGGAUAAUGUAUUUGCAUUUUGUGUGUGUUGUCAGCCGGUUUCAGCCGUUUAUCUGUUUGAACAUCAGCUCAGUCGGACAUUACAAGGACUUUGAAGCGUGGAGCUGGCAGCGUUAGGUCUUUUUAAUGCCCAGUUCAACCGAUCGGACAUUCGUUCUCACCCGUACGGCUUCUCCAGGUAGAAAAGUACAAAGUCUGCCCACAUUUGGUUAUAAAUCUGUGCUUUUCUGAGUCACUUUACUUUGACGAAUUACUGUGGUUGCCUCAAUGUAACUGAAGUGGAUUCAGUUUUCAGAUUUAUCCAAAUAGAAGACGAAAGAAUGAUGACAUUACGAAUAGGAACGAACCUGUUGCUUCAUUGAUAGGGCCGAUAAAUGAUGCCUGUAAAAACUGUUUCAUAUUCGUUUAGUGAUAUAGAGAUAUUUCUUUUAGAGCAGUGGUUUUUGUGUUUAUCUUUUUCCAAAAUAUUACUUAUUUGGUGAAAUUCCAGCAAAAAAGUAAAAAGGACCAUUGAGUUUUGCUGAAAUAAUAUUAGGCAGAUAUAUAUAUAUAUCAAUUUAUCACAUUAUAUCAUUCCUCUGCUGGCAAAGAUAAACUGUUUUAUUAAAUUUCCAUCUGAAUAGAAGACCAAUAAUGUUUGUUUAUGUAAAGACAAGAAGAAAUACAUUCAAAGGAUUUUGUUGAGGCCUUUAUUCUGUGCCACAAUGGCUCUUAGUGCCUUUAUUCUGAAAUGUUUUUGGACAGAAAUUACAAUCGUAUUAAAGCCAGGUCUGAGAUUUACCAGGAAAUAUUUGAGAGUAUCUCAUUUUAGAUUAGAUUGUUCAUAUUGAGAUUGAGAUUAGUUCAUGUGUAUAACGUUGACUGUGUGGCGUUCGGGGAGAUCAUCCUCCGAAUUCUAAAAACAAAGACUGAUCCAUUCCACAUCUGAAGGAUCUGUGUUACACUUGUACCAUUAAUCUUUGCUCCUUUCAAAGUGAUUUGUAUGACAUUGUACGUAGGAGAUUUGAUAGUAAAGAAAUCUAUUAAAAAGUAGAAAACAUCUUUAGAUCUUAAAGUGAGACAUGAAUGUGUGACACCUGAAACAUAGAAAUGUUUUGCAUCUUUACUUUUCUUCUAGAGCCAGCAGUGAAAAAACAAUCAAACCAAAGAUAAUCAUUAUUGAUCCUUUCUCCUACGAUGUUACCCUCCAAAGGAAUAAUUGUGUCACAAAUGUUUGUACCUCCAUUAUAUAAAAACCUUUAUCAUAUUCAAAUGUGCAAAGGCUUGUUGAGUCAAACAGAAGUUGUGUUAUUUGCUGGAAAAACUGGAAAACGUUUCUCAGGAGAAGAUUGAUAUCAGUCUAUCUGCUCUGUUGUUUAUAUAUAAGUUUUGUUUUAAAGGAAUGUUUAAGAUCAAAUUAUAUUUUCUUUUCUGAUUUGUUUUCUGUAGGUUAGAUAUUCACAUGUCUAUAAUGUUGCCUGUCAUGAUCUCUUUAUCCCCUGUAUCCUUUAUAUUGAAAGUAAUAUAAAAUUCUGACUCAGAAUUCAUGUGUAUGAGUGGGUCUCUCCUGUGAAUGUCUGUUUCAGUCCGA